AUGCAGGUAGCAUCGACGGAGGGCCUGGGGCGUCAACUGGAGCGUUUAUCGGAUUUGUUAUCUCGUAUACAAAGAGCGCUAGGAGAAUACCUUGAGAAGCAAAGAGAACAAUUUUCUCGUUUUUAUUUUGUUGGUGAUGAAGACUUGUUAGAGAUGAUUGGCAAUGCAAAAGAUGUAAAACUCGUACAGCGUCAUAUCAGUAAACUCUUCGCGGGGAUCGCGGCACUCGAAACCGAUCCCGACGAUCCCACCACAAUCACUGCAAUGAUCUCGCGAGAGGGGGAGGUCGUUCCCUUUGUGAGUGGGGUGUCUAUACUGCAGUACCCUUCCUUGAAGGACUGGAUGGGUGCAGUGGAGCUGCAGAUGACCGUUUCUUUGGCGGAUUGUGUUUCUCGGGCUCUUCGAACGCUGGAGCAGUUCGACUUGUCUGAGCUGACAGCAGCAGCAGCAGCAGCAACAACAACAGCAGCAACAGGAAACGACCCGCUUGAGAAUCCAUUUGUGAAAUGGAUUAAAGAAUUCCCGCUACAGGCGUUGUUGCUUGCUAUGAAUAUACGAUGGACUAAGAGAUGCGAGGCGGCUUUGUCAGUUGAUGAUCCUCACCAAGCAGCAAAAUCAGAACAAAAGGAACACCCUCUCGAGUCUUCUGCUCUGAAGGACGCAGUUGACCUUCUUGGGUUCCUUGCUGAUCGCGUCGUUCAAGAUGUGGGGCCCCUCAUACGCAAUCGAAUCGUUCACAUGAUAACAGAAGUCGUACACCAAAGAGACGUAUGCAGGUCUCUCAUAAAGAAUAACGUGGUUUCUAGGAAAGACUUUGGAUGGCUCGAAUGCAUGCGUUUCUAUUUCACCCAUCCGCCGCCUUCGGGCCCCAUAAUUCCUCAAGGGCUUCUUAAAGUCUGCAUGGCAGAUGCAACAUUUGAUUACGGAUUUGAAUAUUUGGGUAUGGCCGAACGACUCGUGCAAACCCCGCUCACGGAUAAGUGCUUCCUCACUCUGACUCAAGCCCUGAAGAUGAAACUGGGUGGCAACCCGUUUGGUCCUGCAGGAACUGGAAAAACGGAAUCGGUUAAAGCCCUCGGUUCUGCAUUGGGGAGAUAUACGCUGGUGUUUAACUGCGAUGAGACUUUCGAUUUCAACGCUAUGGGUAGACUCUUCUCGGGGCUGUGUCAAGUGGGGGCCUGGGGAUGCUUUGAUGAGUUUAAUAGACUUGAUGAGAGGAUCCUUUCUGCUGUAUCUGAACAGAUUCUCACGAUCCAGACUGGGCUACGUGAAGGCCGCAAGGAGAUUGAAUUGCUUGGGAAAGCAACGAAACUGAAUACGAAUGUCGGCAUCUUUGUCACUAUGAAUCCCGGCUAUGCUGGAAGAUCAAACUUGCCGGACAAUUUGAAACAGUUGUUCCGUGAGGUGGCAAUGAUUAAACCAGACAAACAACUCAUUGCUCAGGUUACACUGUAUGCACAGGGUUUCCGCUCGGCCGAGCGUCUAUCCAGCAAGGUGAUAUCACUGUAUGACUUGUGCGAUCGUCAACUAUCCAAGCAGCCCCAUUAUGAUUUCGGCCUUCGAUCCUUAAAGAGUGCACUCAGCUCUGCUGGUAAUCUGAAACGGCAGCUGUUGCAAGAGGAAGCUGGAGCGGGAACGGCUGUAGACGAUCCCGAGGUGGUGGAGUCGGUGGAGCAGAAGUUACUCAUUCGAUCUGUCACGGAUACCGUGGUGCCGAAACUUGUUGCCCAGGAUGUGCCUCUCCUGCGUAGUUUGCUGAUGGGGGUAUUCCCAGGGGCUGAUAUUCCUGCACUAGACGAGAAGAUUCUAUUGGAUGAAAUUGAACGUCUCUGCGAAGCACGUUUCCUUGAGGCGAAGGGAGAGUGGCUCGAAAAAGUGCUGCAGCUGUAUCAAAUUCAAAGACUACAGCACGGUGUAAUGCUGGUAGGCCCAGUGGGAACAGGGAAAUCUGCUGCCUGGCGUGUGCUGCUGGAUGCGAUGGAGAAGGUAGACGGCAUAAAGGGGAUGUCGUACGUCUUGGAUCCAAAGGUGGUUGCCAAGGAGCAGCUGUACGGCAAACUCGACUCUACCACUUUAGAGUGGCAAGACGGUGUAUUCACAGCUGUGCUUCGUAAGAUCCUCGCAACAACGCAGGAGGCUGGAAGCGGUGCUGCACAGAGAAGACAUUGGAUUGUGUUUGAUGGUGACGUCGACCCCGACUGGGCGGAAAACCUGAACUCUGCUCUCGAUGACAACAAACUGCUAACGUUACCUAACGGAGAAAGGCUGGAAAUUCCCAAUUGUAUUCGUCUUAUAUUCGAAGUCGAAACCCUCAAAUAUGCCACUCUUGCAACUGUCAGUCGUUGUGGCAUCGUAUGGUUCGCGAGCUCCGUGCUGCCUGAUGAUGUCGUGUUUCAACAUCACCUCGAUGAGAUUGCUGCUGGAUCAGCAGCAACUGAAGUUAUCCUCCAAGGUGUAGGAGGUCAGGCAAAGGGAAUUGAUCGCAGCGGCUCGACUCGAGCGAUUUCUCGUGAAUUCGGGCGAUCAAGUUCGCACAUCAUGUCGAGGGGGAGUGUGGCCAAGUUAGCAUCCAAGUGGAUGGUUUUGUCUAUCCUUUGGGGAAUGGGAGGAUCCCUAAGUCUGGCGGGUCGAUCUGCAUUUAGCGAAGAAGUGGCGCGCAUCUGUGAUUUACCUCUGCCCGCUGGACUGGGGCCUGACGGUGGAGGAGAACAAACCCUCUUAGAUUUUGAACCGUCGCUCGAGGACGGCCAGUGGCACUCAUGGAAGUCUCGCGUUAAACAGAUGGAAAUCGACACCCAGCAGGUGCGCCUGACACGCUGCAACCUGACGCCUAAAGGCGAAACUAAUAGCGCAGACUCGUCCCCUGCGUCGCGUGAUCAACUCCUCAUGGAUCUGAAGGUCUAUCUUUGCUUUCCUGUUUGCUUUUACGUUCUGCCAGGUACCACUCCUGAUUUGUUGUUCAAGACGUUUGAUCACUACUGCGAGCUAACCAAGACAGCUGCCGGGGGUAUGGUCAUGCGGCCAGUUGUCCCUGGCCGCACUCUCAUCAUCUUCUGCGAUGAAUGUAACCUCCCCUCUCCUGACAAGUAUGGCACGCAGCACGUUAUAAUGCUGAUCCGCCAAAUAGCCGAAACGGGAGGCUUCUGGCGCUCGAUGCCACAGCUGCAACAGGCGUCGCCGUGGGUCUGGAUUCGCGUGGAAGGGGUGCAGUUCGCAGGAGCGUGUAACCCGCCAACCGAUGCAGGCCGUCAUCACAUGAGCAAUCGUUUCCUUCGGCAUGCGCCGAUUAUAUUUGUCGAUUUCCCAGGGAAAGAUUCGCUUAUUCAGAUCUACAGUACAUUCAAUAGGGCUCUUCUGCGCCCAUAUCCUAGCCUGUUCCCAUCUGCUGAUGCGCUUACUAUGGCAAUGGUGGAGUUCUAUACCUCCUUCUCGAGUACCUUCACUGUUGACCAGCAGCCUCACUAUAUCUACUCACCGAGGGAGCUGACGCGGUGGAAGCUGGCGUUAGCAGAGGCUCUGGAGGGGGGAGCACGAUCGGAUUCUGAAGCAUUCAGGAAGUCAUCCUCUGGCGAAACAAGCUGGGGAAGGAAUGACCAGCUCAGAGGAAUAAAUGGCAACGACGAAAUCACCCUCACACAGCUCGUCAGGACUUACGCCCACGAAGGGCUGAGGAUCUUCAGCGAUCGUCUUGUGACAGAAGAAGAGAGACAGAAAACCGACAAAAUGCUUGAUUCAAUCGUUCAAACGCACUUCCCGAGCGUUAGUGAAGCAGCUCUGCAGCGUCCUAUCCUCUUCACCAGUUUGGCCAGUCGCCAGUACUGCGAGGUAUCGAUGCCGGCGUUACGUUCUUUGCUGCAAGGAAAGCUGCGUGUGUUCAAUGAGGAAGUAUUUCAAGUGCAGCUGGUGUUUUUCGAUGAAGUGCUGCACCAUGUGGCACGGAUCGACAGAGUUCUCCGGCAGCCUCUCGGGCAUCUCUUGCUGGUAGGGGCGUCAGGAGCGGGGAAGACGAUUCUGAGGAUCUUCAGCGAUCGUCUUGUGACAGAAGAAGAGAGACAGAAAACCGACAAAAUGCUUGAUUCAAUUGUUCAAACGCACUUCCCGAGCGUUAGUGAAGCAGCUCUGCAGCGUCCUAUCCUCUUCACCAGUUUGGCCAGUCGCCAGUACUGCGAGGUAUCGAUGCCGGCGUUACGUUCUUUGCUGCAAGGAAAGCUGCGUGUGUUCAAUGAGGAAGUAUUUCAAGUGCAGCUGGUGUUUUUCGAUGAAGUGCUGCACCAUGUGGCACGGAUCGACAGAGUUCUCCGGCAGCCUCUGGGACAUCUCUUGCUGGCAAUAUUAAGAAAUGAAAUUGAUACUAACAUGACGGCCAUCAGGGUGCUUUUUAUCCUUCCUUUUAUGAGUGUCAUGCAGCUUCAUGUCCUGAACCCUGCGAAUCCUGACUUUUAUAACCGUCAGGCCACCUCUCCAGCGUUGUUCAAUAGAUGCGUGAUCGACUGGUUCGGUGACUGGGCGCUGAACCCUGCGAAUCCUGACUUUUAUAACCGUCAGGCGACCUCUCCAGCGUUGUUCAAUAGAUGCGUGAUAGACUGGUUCGGUGACUGGGCGCAGCCAGCUAUGGAACAAGUGGCAUUUGAAUUCACCAACUCGAUUGAACUGCUGCCAGACAGUUUCACUCCAGAAGCCACAAUAGGCGCGAAACCCAUAAGCAGCAUUCGGAGAGAGACAUCUGACGAGUCAGAUGAAGAACAAAAUACUGAUAUAGAUGAUCUCGCCCGCCGCAGCAGACUUGCCACAGCCAUUGUUUCCUUCCACCAUGCAGUGGCGAAGAGCAAUGCAAUUCUUGCAAAGAGCGGCCGCAAGUCGAACUACAUGACUCCACGUGACUUCCUCGAUUUCCUGCAUCAUUUCAGAGGCCUUGUCGCUGAAAAGAGUGACGCCAGCGGGGAGCAACAGCACCACCUGCAGGCUGGCCUGCAAACUCUCGCGCAAGUGGAACGACAGGUUGGAGAGAUGCGUACGGAGCUUACGGAGAAAGGUGCAGUGCUUGCAGAGAAACAGCACCACCUGCAGGCUGGCCUGCAAACUCUCGCGCAAGUGGAACGACAGGUUGGAGAGAUGCGUACUGAGCUUACGGAGAAAGGUGCAGUGCUUGCAGAGAAAAACGAAGAAGCUGAGAAGAAGAUGCAGCAGAUGAUUAACCAGCAAGCAGAAGCAGAAGACAAAAAGAAGGGAGCAGAGGUUCUUGCACGCAAGCUAGACGAACAGACAGGCAUCAUUAAGGAACGCAGAGCAGUUGUAGAGGCGCAGCUGAGUGAAGUUGAGCCGCUACUGAGAGAAGCUGCAGAGGCAGUUACAAAUAUUCCAAAGAAGAGUCUUGAUGAACUCAAAAGUAUGGCCAACCCUCCAGCCAUGGCUAAAGUUGCUGUGGAGGCCGUCGCCGUUCUCAUCACAGAUGCAGGGGAAAAGGCCGUCUCCUGGGAAGACGCGAGAAAGAUUUUGAAGGCUUCAGACUUCAUUUCAAAGGCAAGUUCAAGCUUCACGUUGCACACAAUAUUUACUAGGUCAUUUUGCCCGGCAACUCGGCGUAGGAUUCAGACGAAGUUCUUGACGGGCGAUUGGGAUAUUGAGAGGAUCAACAAGGCGUCUCGUGCUGCAGGCCCGUUGGCUCAGUGGGUGGAGAGCAGCGUGAAGUUUGUGUUGAUUAGUGAGCAGGUGGAGCCGCUACAGACUGAAAUCGCGCAGCUAGAAACAGAGGCGCAGGAGAAUGAGGCGAAUCUACAGGAGCAACAGUCGCUUAUCACCCAGCUGGAGGGCAAGUUGCAGCAGUAUAAGCAGGACUAUGCUCAACUGAUUAGUCAGGUACAGAGCAUAAAGCACGAGAUGGAAGAGGUUCAGAAGAAGUGCGCACGUUCGAUGUCACUGCUAGAGAAUCUCGGGUCUGAGAAGAACCGCUGGUUUGAGCAGUUGGAGCAGCUUAAACUCGCAACUGAGACCUUCAUUGGCGACAGUUUACUUGCCGCUGCUUUCUGCGCAUAUUUGGGGUUCUUUGAAUACGCUGAUCGACACCGGCUGCUGGAAGAGUGGAGGGCAGUGCUGGAGAGGGAAUGUAUUCGAUGCCGCAUCGAUCUUUCAUUUGUUGAUUUCCUCUCAACUCCUUCGGAACGACUUCAGUGGGCCGCGCAUUCUCUGCCUCCCGACGACCUCUCUGUGCAGAACGCAAUCAUUCUCAAGAGGUUCUUGCGCUACCCGCUUAUCAUUGACCCUGCAGGUCAAGCUAUGUUUGUUGACUUCCUCUCAACUCCUUCGGAACGACUUCAGUGGGCCGCGCAUUCUCUGCCUCCCGACGACCUCUCUGUUCAGAACGCAAUCAUUCUCAAGAGGUUCUUGCGCUACCCGCUUAUCAUUGACCCUGCAGGUCAAGCUAUUAAUUUCUUGACUUCUUUCUUGUCCUCGAAUAAGUUGUCGAAGACGUCUUUCCUUGACGCAAACUUUCUCAAGGCGUUGGAAAGCAGUUUACGUUUCGGCUCCACCUUGGUCAUUCAGGACGUCGAGAAAGUCGACCCCAUUCUGAAUCCUGUGCUUAACAGAGAAACACACAAACUAGGAGGCCGUGUUCUGAUUACUGUAGGCGAUUCAGAAAUUGAUUUGUCUCCAGCUUUCUCCAUGUAUCUCGCAACACGCGACCCCACAGCGCAGUUCACGCCUGACAUCUGCAGCCGCGUCACUAUCAUCAACUUUACCCUGACGCCCUCCUCGUUGGUUAAUCAGUGUCUCAACCUGAUUUUGAAGAGCGAAAGAGCAGACAUCGACAAGAAGAGGUCCGAAUGCAGCCGCGUCACUAUCAUCAACUUUACCCUGACGCCUUCCUCUUUGGUUAAUCAGUGUCUCAACCUGAUUUUGAAGAGCGAAAGAGCAGACAUCGACAAGAAGAGGUCCGAUAUGCUCAAGCUGCAGGGAGAGUUCAAGGUGAAGAUCCGUGAGCUCGAAGACGCUCUGCUUCUCGCUCUCUCAAACGUUAAAGGGAACAUCCUAGAUGACGACUCCGUGAUGUCUUCAAUGGAAAUGCUCAAGCGACAGGCAGCAGAAGUUGCAGCAGAGGCCGCUCAUACAGAGGAAAUCAUGGCAGAAGUAGAUCAAACCAGCAACAUGUAUCUCCCGUGGGCUCUCGCUGCUGGCCGCAUUUACUUCACUCUGCUUAACCUGUCGUGCGUUUCGCCCGUCUAUCAAUACGAUCUCCGCUUCUUCCUAGGCAUUUUGCAUGACACGUUGACAGGGGCUGCUGGUCUGAGCGACUUGAAGAAGACAGAUUACGCUGAGCGUUUGUCUGUUCUUUUGUCGGGUCUCUUCGCAACGACAUUCAGGCGCGUGGCCUAUGGCCUCGGGUACUACGACAGACUGGUGUUCGCGUUGCAGUUGUGUUUCAUCAGGACUGAGCUUGAUUUGGGUUCACCUUUGGACUUACCGGAGCUGCAGUUGCUGCUACAGGGAUUUGUUGAGGAUCAGGCAGCAGCUUCUUCAGCCUCAUGGACAGCGACACUUCAUGGGGAGUUGACGGCAGAGCAGAUGAAGGCGUUGCAGAAACUGUUGGCUCUUCCUUGUUUCUCUGGCCUCCAGGAUCACAUGGAGGCCCACGAGACCGAAUGGGUUUCCAUGCUUCAAUCGUCUGCUCCUGAAACGAACUUCCCCGCCGACGUCUUCACUGCGGAGCCACAUCCGCAUGCAGACAAAAAGAUAGGCAGCGAUGGAUCCAUUACGCUGGGCGAGUGGAUCAACUUAUUGCGCGAGCUGUUGGUGCUGAGGGCGUUGAGGCCAGACCGCUUCCUGAACUGA